AUGCGACCUUCCCUCUGCCCAUCAUGGCCCACACAAACCUCCCGAUCGCUUCUUGCAUGGCUCCCCCGAACGACUCCGCAUCGCGUCCCACGCCGAAUCGCAACCACUUCUGCGCGAAAUGCUGCACCGGUUGAUCUACCCAACUUAAUAGUCUCGCCCGGCUCGAAACACCACAACUCGCUUCCUUCUUUUCUCGAAUAUGCGAAACGUACCGGUUUAGCAUUGACGUCGACUGUCGCUAUCGGUACACUUUAUGAGUACAUGUCCGCACUGGUGCUCAUGCGCCUGGGCUUCUCCCUCCUACGGAUAGGUCGUAAGGACGAUGCUGGCAUAGAUCUAAUCGGCCACUGGGUACUGGCCCCUCUAAGGGAGCCUAUGCCCAUCAUCAUCCAGUGCAAGUCACGGAAAAUCAACUGCAACCCAAGCCAGAUUCGCGAACUCGAAGGAUCUUUCCAAGGCAUACCACCGGAUUGGCGAAAGAAAGAUGUUCUGGGCCUGCUGGUUACAACAAAGAAGGCUACGACAGGCGUCUUGAGGGCUCUGGGACAGAGUCGGUGGCCUAUGGGUUUUGUGCUCGUCUCGCGGGAAGGAUUGAUCGAGCAAUUCGUCUGGAACCGGGCGGCAUCUGAGAGAGGAUUAGAGGGAGUAGGGGUCACAGUGAGACAUGUCCCGCGGGCUCUACUGGCCGAGCCUGAAAACGAGUUGGAAGGGGACACGGUCAAGACAUCAAAGAAGAGUCGGUCCAAGUUCAAGAAUACGGGGACGAGGAAAGACAUCCAAUUAACCUGGAUGGGCUCGCCUAUCUUCCCAGACAGAGACAGCCUCGACCAAGAAACGCUUAAACUCAUCCGCCAGGUCACACCCAGCGAAGAAGAAAUUCCUGCCGUUGUUGAGGUGGAGAAGCGCCCCCUAGGCCGUCCGAAAGGUUCCACAAAGAAAGCAAAGACCAAGAAGAUUGCGCCUAGGCCUGUCGGUCGCCCCGUUAAAAUAUGGUCGGAAAGGCAGCCUGCCCCGCGCGGAGGUCAGAUCCCACGUAAUGUCAAGGAGCCGCGCGGAGGUCAUAUCACUGGAAGACCCCCAGGAUCGAGGACCAAGCCCAAGCCUCCGCAGCCAAUACCUCCGCCAAUACCUCCACCGCCUCCACCUCCUCCACCACCGCCUCCCACGCCCACCGGAAAGAGGCGCGUCGGUCGUCCCAAGUCGAAUAAGCCACCAAUUAUACGUCGUGCAAAAAUCGGACGACCCCUUGGAUCAAAGAAUAAGCCCAAAGUACCUGUCGAUACUGGAUGA